GUAAGAGCUCAAAAGUUCAAGUUACAUGGUAUACAUGUGGGGUAUAAAGGAAGUGUAUUAUGGCUGUUCAAAUGAUAAAUUUGGAGGAUGUGGAUCAAUUUUGUCCUUGCAUUCAAGUGACUCUGAGACACUCAUCAGUGGUAAUCCGCAAAAGAAGGGUUUCAAAUGUACUGGAGGAUUAAUGGCUUCUGAAGCAAUCUCUCUUUUGCGAAGUUUCUAUGAACAGGGUAACCCCAAUGCUCCGAAAUCCCACCGGCCUCUGGUUCAAAAGGCAGCAGAUUGAAAUGUGCAUAUAUUUGGUUUUGUUUGGAAGGCCUCUGGUUGUCAGACCGUGGUUUUGCCUUCAGCAUUGAUUUUUGUAUCUUCUUUAUUUAUUUUUAUUUUUAUUAUUUUGCAUUCUGGUAGGUAGCCUAGAAACUCAGGAUUAACAAUGUACGAAAAAAACUAAAAGAAUGAUGAUUGGAAGAAGUUCCAAUGUCUAUUUGUAUCAAGCACUGUGUAUUAUCAGGCUACAAUUACUGCAUUUUUAUGAUAAAUUCAGGUAUUUUCA